AUGCAGGUGCUGUCCAAAGCCACGCAGGUGUCCCUGUCUGCUGGACAGGUCAUCACUUCCCCGGUUGACGUUGUCCGUGAGCUGGUGGAAAACGCUCUUGAUGCAGGUGCCUCGGCCAUUACCGUCCGCAUCGGCCCCGACUUUGCCUCGAUCUCGGUCACCGACGACGGCUCGGGCAUUCCGCCCGACUCUCGCUCCUUGGUCGGCCUCCGCUACACAACCUCAAAGAUCACAGACUACGCAGACCUGGCCAAUGUUGCCUCCCUUGGCUUCCGUGGCGAAGCCGUCAACUCUAUGGCCACCCUCGGCAAGGUGGAGAUCACAACAAAGUGCGCAGACGAGGACAUGGGUACGGUGCUUGUUCUCGACAGUGGAGGCGCUGUGGCGUCGUCGAAACCGGCUGCCUUUCCGACCUCAAGCGGGACCCAGGUCGCGGUCUCGAACCUCUUUGCAAGCUACCCGGUCCGCAAGCGGGUGAUGAAACAGCGCCGCAAGGCGUACAACAAGUACAUUCAUGCUCUCAUUUCCGCCCAUGCCAUGGCCCGCCCGGACGUCCGCUGGCACUACACCUCGAGCCCGGCCUCGGCCUCGCGCGCCCUGGCCUCGCUCAACGCUCCGGCCUCUUCCUCGGUUGCCGACGCCAUCGGCCGCAUUCUUGGCCCUGCGCUGGGCAAGGGCCUUGUUCACAUUGUUUGGCCGCCACCGCCGUCCGAGCCAUCCGACGCAGCCUCGCCAGACCUCUCGCUCGAGCUGUACGUGCCGAACCCGGACGCGUCGCCGGCCGCGAUCAAGGCGCUCACCCGGUCCUCAUCGGACAAGGUCUUCAUGUACUGCAACCUGCGGCCCUUUGAUUCGCCAACUCUGCUCAAGCUCCUCGCCUCGGCCUACCGUACCUUCUUUGACGGCCGCGUCUCGUCCUCGGCCUUUCCCGUUGCCCUCGUAUUCGUCUCGGUCGCCCGUUCCGCCCUCGACAUCAACGUCACGCCCGACAAGCGGACUGUCAUGUUCCACGCUGCCGACGCCGUCACCAGCGCGCUCGAUGCGGCGCUUGACACCGUCUACACCCGCUCAAUUAUCGACGUCCUCACCUCGCAGCCUACACCGCUCGAUUCAGUCGCCGCACCCGCCCGCCGCCACGACCCGGCCCCUUCGUCUCGUCCGCCGCCGCACGAGCUCCCGCCACCAACCCGUCAGACCCAGAUCACGCUCUCGCCGGCCCUUCCGCCCAUCUCGUCGCCCGAGAGCCUCAAGCGGAAGCGGACCGAGGCCGAGCCGGCACCCUCCUCAGCCGCAGCUCCCGCUCGAGUCCCCGAACCCGUGACGGUCACCAAUUGCGACGCCAUCGUCGAUGACGACGACGCCCCGCUCGCCAAGCGCCCUAGACCCCUUGCCCACCCUCCAGCCGAGUCACCGGCGCCGGCCGCGCCCACCCGAUCGUCGUCGGGCGAUGAGCCUGCACCUCCGGCCCCGGCUCCGACCCAGCCGACACAGGCUGUGACUCAGUUUGAGCCGAUGGACAUCGCUCCUGCCGACAACGGCCCCUCCGCCGACGACGGCGAGGAGCUCAUCGACGUACUCAUCUCGUUUGAACGGAUGUUCACGCCGUCGGUGCCGUCGCCUGACCGCUCGCUUCUCUUUACCUCGUCGGCCCCGCAGCUGGUGGGCACGUUCAGCGGCAAUGACGGCGGUGCUUUUGCCAUCGUUGCCGCCUUCCCAGCCCUCUACGCCAUCUCCAUCAAGGCGUGGAUGGAGGAGACGCUGCUAGCCAAACUGCUCGAGACCUUUGCGCUCCCGCCGUCGCCGCUCCCGCUGCCGGUUGUAGUCUCGGACCCGACGACUCUCGGCGGCGAGCGCAACUUUGCAGCCGUCAUCGCCGCCACUUCCACCCCGCUCCUUGCCAAGUGCGGCUUUGACGUCAAGUCCGGCUCGACAAACGGCAAGGCGUCGCUGCAGGUUGCCGGCAUCGCCACCCAGCUCAUCCCCGAGUAUGGCCUCGUCCACCUUCGCGAAAUUGCCGAGUCGCUCGUCGCUGCCGACGACGACGGCAUCGCCCUGGCCGACCUCUCACCCUCGGCCAUCCGGCCGCGCGCCGUCGUCGCCUUUCUCCGCACCGAGGCUGCCCGCAUGGCCGCCGCCCAGCUCGCCUCGGACUCCACCGCCAUGGAUCUUGUCGAACCAUCAGCUCGCGCCAGCAUGCUCGCCCCACACCUCGCUCUUGCCUGGAUCCGCAAGCUCGAGGCCUCGCCGACCUCCUCGCCCAAGCGCAAGCUCCCCAUCCGCCGCCUCUACUCGUUCGACCGCCUCCCUGAGCUAUCGUCGCAAGUCAUCGCCGCCAUGACCAACCCUCUCCGCGCUGUUCAUGCCCGCGAACUCCCUCCAUACACGGUGGGGAGGAAGAACAUGGACAUUACUAUUGCCGACUCGUCUGUCUCCCGAAUGCACGGGAGGUUGGUUCUGGAAGUGCCGGGCAAGAGCUGCGAUGGUCCUGGCCGAAGGCCUGGUGGCGACUCGGGCACUACGUCGUCGUCCUCGACUUCUGUUGCUCUGCCAAGGGGAUCGCUGGCGACCAUCUCGUUUCAUGAUGCCUCUCGGUUUGGCUCGCUUCACAACGAUCGUAAGAUGACUCAAGGCGAGACGGUGCGGCUGUCAUCGGGCUCAAUCCUUGGUCUCGGCCUCAACGGCUCGACUGCCACUCUGCGGUACAACGCCAUGGUCAUUGCGACCUCGUCGCUGCCGUCGGAGAAGCGUGCGGGCCUUGGUCCGCUCCUUCGCCAGCUCGAUGCUGGCUUUACUCCGGUCUGGUCGUCGAGUGUCACACAUCUGGUCAUGGAGAGCAUUGUGGUGACGCAAAAGGUUGUCCUCGCCUUGGUCUACGGCGUGCCCAUCGUGACUCCUGACUUUCUGGAAGCUCUGGUGGCAUCGGCAUCUGCAGGCCGAUCUGAACUUCCGAGCCCAGCCGAGUACAUGCCGCGCGUGGUCGACGACAUGGUCGACAUGUCGGUGGCGAGCUUUGACCCGCGCCCGCUCCGCCGCAGCCUCUUUGCCGGCCUCACCUUUGUCUUUUUCGCCGCCAACGAGUCCGAUCCGUCGCGGGAGGUCAUCGAGGCUGCCGGUGGCUCCUGCAUCCUUGCUGCCGCGCCAACCAAGGCGGUUGUGGCCACCCACGGCGCUGACGCCCGGUUUGUGGCCAACAUGGACGAUCCCGACGAGCCGCAAGCAGCUGCGCUCGCUUCCGCCAUGGCUGCCGCUCUCGGCCCCCACCCGCCACGAAUCGUCCACGUGAGCGAAAUUGCGCUUGCCAUCCUCGCCACCUCGACCGAGCGGUACUGCAAUCCGUGGAUGACCGUCGAAGGCGUGCCUCUUCCGCGCAGCGACUCCACCGCCCAAGCAAGCAGAAAGCGCAAGACCUCGCCUGACGCCAGUACCGAGGCUGCGCAGCCGUCUGCCAAAAAGGCCAAGACCAAAGCCGCGCCUAGUGCCAGGUCCAAGCCCAAGAAGCGGCGCGGCUUGCUAGCGGUCGACGUGCCGCUGGUGCCGGACACGCCCAUAUCGCGCGGCCUCGGUGGAGCGGAAGCCAGAGCGGCGCCUACGGGUGUGGUGCCCGAGACGCCGCUUGGUGUGCCGCUAUCUGCACCAUCGCCCGCGGCGGCUCCCACGAGCUCUACCGGCGGAGGUAGCGCAGUACGUGCGCCAGCGCGGCAGGGGGCGCCGCUGGCCGCCACCACUGCCGCCGCCGCCACGCCACUCUCGCCCUCGCUCGCCCGCGCCGCCACCGCCGCUGCCACCGCCGGCGCUAGCCACAGUGGGAGUGCAAGCCAGACCGCCGACGACGGCAUCGAGUGGAUCUCGACGCGGACCAUGUCGCCACCGGCGCGGCCGGCCAAGCCGAAGAAAAUGGCCGGCGCCGCGACGCCUGCCCCGCCAGCCGAGUCUCUUGUGCCCAAGAUGAUGGCGCUCGUCGACUCGGCCAAGAUCUCGCGCGGCAAGCGGAGUAAGGGCAGAGGUAAGCAUAGUAAGGUGCUCGACGACCUCGACGACCUCGGCGUGGUCAAAGGCGAUGUCCACGAGCUUACUCCGCUCGACGAUCGCACCUUUGAUGCCGAACACGCCACCCUCAUUGUCGAGAUGGCCCCGCUGGUGGUCGCUCCCGAUGCCGCGACUCGCCCAUCCGGCUGGUACGCCGAAGCACCCCUGGUGACGCCUGCCCGCCCUCCCGCUUCUGCUGCCGCCGCUGCCACCGUCAUCAGUGCUAGCGAUCUCGAGCCCCAGCUCGCGACCAACUGGCAUGGCUCUGUAGGCUCCGUCCUUACCCGAAACAAGCUCCGGUUGGUGGUGGAGAGCUCGGAGAGCCUUGCAAGGCUGGGCGAGGAGGCCGUCACCACCCUGCCCACCCUCGAGCACCUCGCUCGGGAAGCCUUUGUGGAGGACGAUUUUGACGGCGAGCUGCAUGCCAUCUCGCUCCGUGCCAGCGACGAGAACGACAAGAUCGUGGCUUUGCUCUUUUGGCGAGGCGUGCCGGUCGAUGAGAUGCGCGAGUGGAUCGCCGCAGCCCAGGCCAUCGAGUCGCGACUGUCUGUCGCUCCCAUCGGGCUGCCCACGACGCCGCAGCUCGCGCUUGGCAGCGGCGGCGAGCGCGGCGAGCUCGCCAUGGUUCCGCUGCGUGUGGUGAGUGAUGGGCAAGUGGCGUUUGCUGAUGGCGCAGUUGCGCCGGCAGCAUGGGGUGACUCGCCGUUUGACGGGUGGAUGAAGAUCGAGAUCAUGGGCACCCGGCCCGGGUACGGUCGGAAGGGGUAUGGGCGGCUGCUGCUGGCAACGGCGCUGUUUAUGGCUGCCGUGCGCGACGGGCGGCGGCAUGCGGUGCUGCAGGUGGCCGGCGGGGUGGACAACGUGGGCGCCCAGCGGCUGUACGCAUCGUUUGGCUUUGAGAAGCCGCCCGACGGCGUCUUUGCCUACCCCAACGACUCGAUCCUUGUCCUGUAUGACAUUCCGGGCGCACUGCGGGCAAUGGCCAGCGCCAGCGGCGCCAUGCGCAGCCGGCUAUCCGAGCCAGAGAGUCACCGAAUCACCGAGGGCAAAGACGAGCAAGUCGGAAAAGAAUAG